UUUUUUCUUCCAUUUUUUACCUUCUUAAGUGCCCGCCAGUGCCUGGUUCGAUCACGUUUCAGGCUGGUACAAUCAUGCAAAGGAUUUCAAUAUACUCUUCCUGACCUACGAGGAGAUGAAAAAGGAUCUCAGAAGCGCUGUGCUGAAAAUCUGCAACUUCAUAGGCAAGAAGCUGAGCGAAGAGGAAAUAGAAAGUGUUGUGAGACAGGCUACAUUUGAGAACAUGCAAAAAGACCCCAGGGCAAACUACGAGAACAUGCCAGAUGACAUGGCGAUCAAAGGGAAGGGCAGAUUUCUACGGAAAGGCACCGUUGGAGACUGGAAAAACACGAUGACAGUGGCUCAGAGUGAAAGGUUUGAUGAAGUCCUUAAAGAAAAAAUACAGACCCUGCCUAUCAAAUUCACCUGGGAUACAGAGAGUGAAAUGUAGCCUGGCUUUGAGUUUUGCCUCUCUUUGAUGUUCAUCAUGGAUGGACACACCUGAAGUCCUUGAAGAACAUAAUAUGACAAUUUUCAGCUAUGUUGUAGAAAUAAUAAAUGUAUAAAUAUCUAUUAUAUGUAAUAGAUAAAUAACAGAAUACUCAUUCAGAAAAUGUGACUUAUCUGAAGGAGCUAUUCAAUUCCAUCAGUUUCCUGUUUGUAAUUUUAUGAAUUAUUUUAGUUAAUUUUCAUAGUAAACCACAAGUUCCAUUCUUCAGGA